AUGGCGGGUGAAAAAAACGAGAGGCCAGACACUAAAGAGAAGAAACUCAAAGCCAAGAAGGUUGCUGCUAGUGGCACUGGUAAAAAGGGAUUCACAAAAACCCCAGCAGGCCGGAAUCUUCCAGUUCCUCCAAUGCCAUCGUGCCUCCAAUUUCCCCAGGCUUACUCAGUUCCCCCAAGAUUCCCAGUCACCCCACCCUUCACAAAUCCCCCAAGGCCUUCAGGCAUCCCAAGCCCUCCAGAGCCCCCGGCCUCCCGAGGCCCCCCAGAGCCCCAAAAAUUGCGGCAGCAGCGCACAGCGUACACCCCAGAGCAGAAGCGCCAGCUGGAGGACAUGUUCGCCAAGGAGAUGUACCCGUCCUUGAACCAGAGGAGGGAGCUGGCUAAAAACCUGAAGGUGUCCAAGGAGAAGGUCAAGGUGUGGUUUAAGAACCGGAGGGCCAAGUCCCGGCGGAAACAGCGUGGAAGACAGCAACAGCCUGGGGCCCGAGGCCCCCAGGAGCAACCUGCUUCUGGGCAGGCCUCCGGCUCUGGCCCCAGCUCCAGCUCUGGCCCAGGCCAGUAUCCUGCUCCAGUGCAGGCCCCUACAGAUGCGACCCCCAUGCUCCCGGUAUCUGAAGCUUUCCAGGUCCCUGCACCCGGCCCUUCCAGUGCUUUCCCAGCAGAGGAGCCCACCUUCUCCACCUUCUGUGACCACGACCAGGCCUUGGGACAGCCCAGGUGCCACAGCCAGCAGGGGACCCAGGAUGCUGCCACCCCAGCCCCAGCCCCAGCCAAGCCCCAAGACCCAGACGAGCUGCAAGACCCUACAGUCUCCGAGCUCUUGUCAGAACUAAUGUUGUCACCUGACACUCUCCAGUAUCUCCAGAGCUCAGACUUCCCCGAGGAGGACUUCCAAGAACUCGUAGACUAUGUCCAGACCUUGCCGAUGAGGAGCUAG